CUUUGGGUUUCAUGUCAGGAAAAAAUCAUUCGACUUUUUGUUUUGCCUGAAUCCAGACCAAAUUUAAAUCUUUCGGUUUCCUGGAAAAUAAAAACUAAAACUGUUUAGAAAACCAUAUCCAAAAAUUUCAGCAAAUACAGAAAAACAAAACGAAAUUUCCGCAAUGUCCACAUCACAUAGGUCAUCUAACGCUGGAUCGUUUCAACAAGGUAAGCCCGGUGUUUCCCGAAUACCGCCAAAUGGUUUGGUCGUCUAUGGCAACGGACUGGUCUUUGGCGGCAAUGUGUAUCCCGUUCUGGUCGAUGGUGUUCCCAUGAGUUUACCAGCUGCAGCGCAAGAGGCAGCGGCCAUGCAGCGUUUCGGGAUGCAGCUGUUAGGACAGCCUCAACAGCCUCAAUCUUAUGGCCAAAAGCCAGGAAUACAACAACCACCUGAAGCAUCGUUUGGACAGUCGGCACAAAAUUUGCCCAGGCAGUUGCAACAGCUGCCUAGACAGCAGCAGCAUCAACUUCUACUGCAGCAGCAGCAGCAGCAGUUACAGCUGCAACAGCUGCCACCCCAGCAGCAGCAGCAGCAACAGCAACAAUGGCAAAAUAGCUACGGCAACAUGAGGGCUAUGGAUAGUAGGAAUGGCAGUGACAUUGCAAUGAUGCCGUCACCGCAAAUGUUCAACUAUAAUCACGACUAUGGUUAUGUGCCCACUGGAGCCGAAUCGUCAGGUUGGAAUGGUUAUGCGUCCUGUCAGCCAAUGGAUGCCAGCAAACCAUUUGCAUUUGGCUGGAGUCCCACCGACUGAACUGAACUGAAUUGAAUUGAACUGUACUAAGCCGUAUUGUGGUAAUACAAUCAACAAUUUGAUUAAUUGAUUUGUGAAACCGAAAGUUUAGAGAUGAGGUGAUUGGAUAGUAUUAGUACAUAGUUGCAAGUUGAAUUAAAUUUCAAGUUAAACCAA